GGAGCUGGCUGGAGCUUCUUAACGUGGCAGCUGUCUUUUCUUACAGAUGAGCUUAGAGAAUGAAGACAAGCGGGCCAGGACGCGAUCCAAGGCCCUCCGAGGACCCCCAGAGACUGCAGGCCCUGACCUCAGCUGUCCCACCCCAGGAUGCACAGGAUCUGGACAUGUCCGGGGCAAGUACUCCAGGCACCGCAGUUUACAGAGUUGCCCACUGGCCAAGAAGAGGAAGCUGGAGGGCACGGAGGCCGAGCACCUGGUGUCUAAGAGGAAGUCUCACCCCCUGAAGCUGGCUCUGGACGAGGGCUACAGUGUGGACAGUGAUGGCAGCGAGGAGGCCGAGGUGAAGGAAGCCUCUGUUUCGGAUGAAUCAGAAGGAACUCUGGAGGAGGCUGAGGCCGAGAUGCUGGGACAGGAGGAGAUUCAUCGUCCUGAGCCAGCUGAAGGAAGGAGCCCUGUCAAGUCCCAUUUUGGACCUAACCCCAUCGGCAGUCCCACUGGCUCCUGCAAGGGCAGCUACAGCAGCUGCCAGGGAAUCAUCGCCACUUCUCUCCUCAACCUGGGCCAAAUUGCUGGAGAGACCCUGGUGGGAGAGGACUCGGGCCAGGUGGCCAAGACGGGCCCCAGUGUUUUGCACCUGCUUCAGGAGGAGGUUGUGGAGGGGGCCACCAGUGACGAGGGGGAGAAAGAUCUCUUUAUCCAGCCAGAGGAUGCAGAGGAAGUCAUUGAAGUCACCAGUGAGCGUUCCCAGGAGCCGUGUCCCCAGUCCCUGGAGGAUGAGGCCAUCGAGGAUUCCAGCAAGCAGAAAGGUGUCCUGGGCCAUGAGGAGGAGGAAGAGGAGGAUGAAGAGGAAGAGGAGGAAGAAGAAGAGGAAGAGGAGGAGGAGGAGGAGGUGGAGGAGGAGGAAGAGGAGGAGGAGGAGGAGGAGGAGGAGGAGGAGGAGGAAGGGGAGGAGGAGGCCACUCCGGAGGUGAUCUUUGAGGAGGAUGCCUCCCAUAACUCUGCCCAGAAGUCCCCCGAGCCCCGGCGCCUAGAGCUGCCCAGUCCCAAGCCUGAGUACUCCGUCAUUGUGGAGGUCCGCUCUGAUGAUGACAAGGAGGAGGAUGCAGGGUCCCAGAAGUCAGCGGUCACGGAUGAGUCGGAGAUGUACGAUAUGAUGACCCGAGGGAACCUGGGCCUUCUGGAGCAGGCCAUCGCCCUGAAGGCUGAACAGGUGCGCACUGUCUGUGAGCCAGGCUGCCCGCCUGCUGAGCAGGGCCAGUUGGGCCCAGGUGAGCCCGGGAAGUCGGCCAAGCCCCUGGAUGCUGUGCGGAAGAGCUGCUACAGUAAAGAUGCUUCAAGAGCUGAGAAGCGUGAGAUCAAGUGUCCAACACCAGGUUGUGAUGGCACUGGCCAUGUUACUGGGUUGUAUCCUCACCACCGCAGCCUGUCUGGCUGUCCCCAUAAGGACAGGAUCCCCCCAGAGAUCUUGGCCAUGCAUGAGAAUGUGCUGAAGUGUCCCACUCCUGGCUGCACGGGCCAGGGCCAUGUGAACAGCAACCGCAACACACAUAGAAGUUUGUCUGGAUGUCCCAUUGCUGCUGCUGAAAAAUUAGCCAAAUCUCAUGAGAAGCAGCCACCACAGACAGGAGAUCCUUCCAAGAAUAGCUCCAAUUCAGAUCGGAUCCUCAGGCCCAUGUGCUUUGUGAAGCAGCUUGAGGUCCCUCCUUAUGGGAGCUACCGGCCCAACGUGGCUCCUGCCACACCGAGGGCCAACUUGGCCAAGGAGCUAGAGAAGUUCUCCAAGGUCACCUUUGAUUACGCAAGUUUUGACGCUCAGGUUUUUGGCAAACGUAUGCUUGCCCCAAAGAUUCAGACCAGCGAAACCUCACCCAAAGCCUUCCAAUCCAAACCUUCCCCAAAGGCCUCCUCCCCUGAGGCACAGCCCCCCAGUAGUUAUGUGAGGAGCACCCCACCCUCUUCUGCAGGCUUCGACUACUCACACGACGCUGAGGCUGCGCACAUGGCCGCCACUGCCAUCCUGAACCUCUCCACCCGCUGCUGGGAGAUGCCAGAGAACCUCAGCACCAAGCCACAGGACCUACCCAGCAAGUCUGUGGACAUUGAGGUGGAUGAAAAUGGAACACUGGACUUGAGCAUGCACAAGCGCCGCCAGCGGGAGGGAGCUUUCCCUAGCAGCAGCAGCUGCAGCAGCAGCCCUGGUGUCAAGUCUCCCGACACCUCCCAGCGCCAGAGCAGCACCAGUGCUCCCAGCAGCUCCAUGACCUCGCCCCAGUCCAGCCAGGCCUCCCGUCAGGAUGAGUGGGACCGGCCCCUAGACUACACUAAGCCCAGCCGUCUACGAGAAGAGGAGCCUGAUGAGUCAGAGCCAGCAGCACAUUCUUUUGCUUCUUCUGAAGCAGAUGACCAGGAGGUGUCAGAAGAGAACUUUGAAGAGCGGAAGUACCCAGGAGAAGUCACCCUGACCAACUUCAAGCUGAAGUUUCUCUCUAAGGACAUAAAGAAGGAGCUGCUCACUUGUCCCACCCCUGGCUGUGACGGCAGUGGCCACAUCACUGGGAACUAUGCCUCCCACCGCAGCCUCUCUGGUUGCCCUCUUGCUGACAAGAGCCUCAGAAACCUCAUGGCUGCCCACUCUGCUGACCUCAAGUGCCCCACACCGGGCUGUGACGGCUCUGGCCAUAUCACAGGGAACUACGCUUCACAUCGGAGCUUGUCAGGCUGCCCACGUGCCAAGAAGAGUGGACUUAAGGUGGCACCCACCAAGGAUGACAAGGAGGACCCUGAGCUGAUGAAGUGCCCGGUUCCAGGCUGUGUGGGGCUUGGCCACAUCAGUGGCAAAUAUGCCUCUCACAGAAGUGCAUCUGGCUGCCCUCUGGCCGCCCGGAGGCAGAAAGAGGGCUCCCUCAACGGCUCGUCCUUCUCCUGGAAGGCGCUGAAGAACGAGGGGCCAACUUGCCCCACCCCAGGCUGUGAUGGCUCUGGCCAUGCCAACGGGAGCUUCCUCACCCACCGGAGUUUGUCUGGCUGUCCCAGAGCAACCUUUGCUGGAAAGAAGGGAAAACUCUCAGGGGACGAGGUUCUCAGCCCCAAAUUCAAGACCAGUGAUGUGCUGGAGAAUGACGAGGAGAUCAAGCAGCUGAACCAGGAGAUCCGAGACCUGAACGAGUCCAACUCGGAGAUGGAAGCUGCCAUGGUACAGCUACAGUCCCAGAUCUCCUCCAUGGAGAAGAACUUGAAGAGCAUUGAGGAGGAGAACAAGCUCAUCGAGGAGCAGAAUGAAGCCCUGUUUCUGGAGCUGUCCGGCCUGAGCCAGGCUCUCAUCCAAAGUCUCGCCAACAUUCGCCUUCCCCACCUGGAGCCAAUAUGUGAACAGAAUUUUGACGCCUAUGUGAGCACCCUCACCGACAUGUACUCCAAUCAGGACUGCUACCAGAAUCCUGAGAACAAGGGCCUCCUGGAGAGCAUCAAGCAGGCCGUGAGGGGCAUCCAGGUCUAGGCCGUGAUGCUUGGAGGAGCACCCCGCCCUGGCUCCUGUGUUUACCUCCCUUACCCUGCCCCUCGCAGUGGGGUCCCCAACUCGCAGUGACUUCUCGUUGGCAGCCUGGGUGCAGCCUUGGGCGGGUUCAUCCAAAGGGGUGCCUGGAAAUCCUGUCUCUGGGGCCGAGGCCUCCCCAUGCAAGUGCCUGGGGAAGCUGGAGAGUUACAAAGUGAUUUAUUUUUGUUUUCUGAAAGAAAUCUGAAGAGCAGCUCAAAGACUCCAGUGGAAGCUCAUGGACAAGGUUCUCAGGGAAGUUUUGGAGUUUGCAACCACAGUAUUCUUUGUCUGUAGAGACUGGGAGGGUAGUGUGGGCUCCGUGGGCCAGUGUCUCAGCCCAGAGGACAUGGCUGGAGCUGUGUGUCUGUUCUCUGUGAGGGCCCUUGUGGCAAGUGUGUUUUCUGUUUUCAUUUAGUUCAGCUUUGUGUUAAGGGUGGAGCAGAACUCUGUGCCAGAGGUAAAGUUAGGAGUAGGCCUUCCAGAUGAAAAUCCAGACAGUAGACAGCAUAGCAGCCCAGUCAGCUCAUGGGGUUCAAGCUGGGAGGCCCCUGGAAAGCAGUCCCCGGCUUCUGCACCUCCACCCAGGCCCCUGGCUUAUCACUGCCACAUCAUCUGGUCAUGGCUGGCUGGCCUUGAUCUCUAUGUGAGGUGGCCAAGGUGGGGACAGUGUCUGUGAGGUCAGGGGUGAAUUCCUAGUGGGAGACCACCAAGGUCUCACUUCUUUUUAGAUCCAUUCAAGAUGUGAAAAAAGGUGAAUUUUAAUUUAAUGUGUUAAGAACACAAUGUUCCGACUGUGUAAAUAGAGCCAAGUCCCUUGUGACGGCAAUUCUGAAUUAGUAUUUAAAGUAGAGAAGCUGCAGCUCCUGGAAGACGUUGGAGGUAGUUAGCUUAUUCUGUAAAUCAUUUAAUUUUGUCCAGAUGUAAGUAUUUAUAUUCACAUCUUCUUAUGUUAAUGUUUGCUAUUUAUUUAACAUUUUAUUUAUUAAUUUUGUAAUAUUUUCAACUAGACCCUGCACUAAGGCACCCGAAGAGUGGAAUAAGCGAAAUCAAAGCAAAAGUGGCUACUUGACUAUAAGAUAGGCCACGAAAACCAGGAUACAACUCCUAGUCAUAAUUUUGAUGCAACCAAGUUAUUUUUUAUAUAUUUUGUUAUUUAUUCUUUUAAUAUGGAAUUUUUAAGAAGUAUUUUGUAACUGAGGAAUUUUGAUAGUUUGGGGAUUUCCUCCUUUUGGCCCAGUGGAGAGAGACAUGCUUUGGUUUCCGUUUUCCUUUUGGGUCCCUUCGUUCAGGCACGACGGCGGCAAGUGGGAUUCUGUAUUUAUCAUUAUUUAAGUAGCGCAGACGUGUGUGCCCUGGCGUAUGUCUCGUGUUGCGUUUGUGGCAGUUCUUACGGCUGAGUCAUGUUGCUGUGGAGGAGUACUGGUUGCAGUCAGGCCCCAUGGUGGCUGGGACUCUCGGGCCAGCUGCCGGGCCCCUGACUGCUCUGGUACUGUGACCCUCCUUCCUCAGGAAACAUGUUAGACCCACAGUACUCCAUGGUGCGCCUGGAGGGUGAUUUCCUAAUAAAAGUCUGACUGUG